UAUGUUUGCGCCUACUUUGGAUCAGGUCGACACAAAAACACAGCAGGGCAGGAAUAUUUCCACCAAGUAACAGCAAAUCUUACAACGAAAACGCACCAUUUCAGUUCGGAAAUGUCGUCAGAAACUCCCAAUGUGGCCGCCCUCCUCAUGGGCGUCGGGGAGGACCUCGUCUUGAAAGAACAACCUGUUCCAACCCCGGGCGCGAGCGAAGUCCUGAUCCGCAACCACGCCCUCGCAGUCAAUCCCGUUGAUUGGAAACUGCAGACUCUUGGGUUUAUGGGCGGGCCAUACCCAAAGAUUCUCGGUGCAGAUCUUGCGGGUGUCGUGGUUAAAGUCGGCUCGUCAGUCGACGUAUUCAAGCCAGGAGACCGUGUGCUGGCGGAUUCAAGCGGCAUCAUGACCCAAAACGCCAACCACGGAUGUUUCCAGACCUUCACGGCGGUGGACGUCUCAUCAGUCACCAAGAUCCCGGACUCGACCUCACUCACCGGGGCUGCCACCCUGCCCUUGGCCGUCGAUACCGCGGGCCAGGUCUUCUUCGACAAUCUAGGCCUGCCUUACCCCGACGGGCCUGAGGAUAAGAAGGCUAAUUCGAUUCUACGCGGUGACGUCCUCCUGGUGUGGGGCGCCGCGGGUUCCGUGGGCCGGGCGGUCGUGCAACUCGCGCGCAUCUUGGGGUUAGAGGUAUAUGCAACGGCGAGCGCGCGUCACCAUGAUGCCCUCAGGAAACUGGGCGCCAGCUUCGUCGUGGACUACCACUCACCCAUCGCGGUGGAGGAGCUCAAGGCUACUGCGGCCGCUGCAGGUAAGCGCCUUCGCGUCGCUGUAGAUUGCAACACCAGCGCAGACAGCCUCGCUCAUGUGUUUGGGGUCCUCUCGGAUGGCAAUGAAGACGCGAGGAAGACUGUGGUGACCAUGUUGCCUUUGGAGUGGGUUCAGCCGAGCGUGGUGGCGCCAAAGGAUGUCGACAUUAGCUUUGUGGACGGAGGAAAGAAGUACACUUCCCGGCUGGAUAUCCAGGCGUGGCUUCACGGCAAGGGGUUACCUGCUUGGUUGGAAAGUGGCGAAAUGGUCCCCGGGCCAUAUCGUGUUGUCCCCGGCGGCCUCGGUGGGAUUCAGGCUGCCCUUGAUGAACUGAAGGCAGGCGCCGUGAGUGGUGAGAAACUGGUGGUCGAGGUUUAG